AUGACUUUUGAACUGCGGAAACGUUUGUCUGAGGAAAUAGGCUUCAAUUUAAUGCUGGGCUUCACCAUCAGGCCUCCUCACCAACUCCUGUCCCUUCUUUCGUGUCCUGGACUCCGGAUACCUCGAUUUUCAGUACUUUGUGCUCCACCCAGACUCAGAACCAUGGCCGUCUCAUCUUCUUCCUGGGAACUGCCCCUGGUGGCUGUGUGCCAGGUAACAUCGACCCCAGACAAGGAGCAGAACUUUAAAACGUGUGCUGAGCUGAUUCGGGAGGCUGCCAGACUGGGCGCUUGCCUGGCUUUCCUGCCUGAGGCAUUUGACUUCAUUGCACGGGACCCUGCAGAGACACGCCGCCUGUCUGAGCCACUGGGUGGGAAACUUUUGGAAGAAUAUACCCAGCUUGCCAGGGAAUGUGGACUCUGGCUGUCCUUGGGUGGUUUCCAUGAGCGUGGCCAGGACUGGGAGCAGACUCAGAAAAUCUACAACUGUCAUGUGAUUCUGAACAACAUGGGGUCAGUAGUGGCCACCUACAGGAAGACGCAUCUGUGUGAUGUAGAGAUUCCAGGACAGGGGCCUAUGCGUGAAAGCAACUCUACCAUACCUGGGCCCAGUCUUGAGUCUCCUAUCAGCACACCAGCAGGCAAGAUUGGUCUAGCUGUCUGCUAUGACAUGCGGUUCCCCGAACUCUCUCUGGCAUUGGUUCAGGCUGGAGCAGAAAUACUUACCUACCCUUCGGCUUUUGGAUCUGUCACAGGCCCAGCCCAUUGGGAGGUGCUGUUGCGGGCCCGUGCCAUUGAAACCCAGUGCUAUGUGGUGGCGGCAGCACAGUGUGGACGCCACCAUGAGAAGAGAGCAAGUUAUGGCCACAGCAUGGUGGUAGAUCCCUGGGGAACAGUGGUGGCCCGCUGCUCUGAAGGACCAGGCCUUUGCCUUGCCCGAAUUGACCUCAACUAUCUGCAGCAGUUGCGCAAACAACUGCCUGUGUUCCAGCACCGCAGGCCUGACCUCUACGGCAAUCUGGGUCACCCACUGUCUUGA